GCCAUAGGAUGAGAAGGCGUGUUUGUUGCCGCCGCUGAAACUUUGACAUAACUUCACGUUCCAACGCCCCCGCCAAAUCAAACUCUCAUAAUACCACACUCGGCUCUAUCUACUUGCCCCUUCAUCACUUCCUCGUGCACAUUUCUACUAAUUGCAAACACGCGAAUCGUUUUCCCACUUAUUUUCUUUCUUGCACGGAGACUUUUUGAGGUUUGUUUCUCUCCUUAUCCUCCCCUUCACCUAGGGUUUUCUGGGCUUGGGUGUUUCUUUCUUUUUUUUGGUGGGGCUAACCUUGGCGGUGGGGGAAACUCUAUCUGUCUAGCCUUCUAACUUUCAAAACUUCCAACACUUUCCAACACUUUUACCUCUCACACCAUGGAUCACGCAAAACUCGCUAAGCUUCAGGCGUCUGUUCGAAUUGGUAUGUUUUUUCUCUUGCUUUAUGCUAUUGUGGGGAUUUCUGAUUCUCUUUGUUUUUCUGCAAGGUGGAGGAGCGCGAAAUCUGGGCUGGCUGGGAGAGGGGUAAUUCUGGUUAAGAGCUGGAGGUUUUUUUUUUUUUGGUAGGGACGGAAACUGACUGACCGUUUUCUACUUUCUAGGGUAAAUAUCCGCCGUCCUGCCUCACCGGUCUACAGAUACAUUGUUUUUAUUUAUUUAUUUAUUUAUUCUUUCUUUCUUGUGGUUGGAAUUUGUGGUUUUCUAGUACGGCACGCUGACAAUGGUCGACGGUUUCCAGUGGGAAGGGUACCCCCAGGAGAAAGGUCAAGAAGAUCCACAAGAACGCUGGUACCGAUGACAAGAAACUUCAGACCUCCCUCAAGAAAUUGAAUGUGCAGCCCAUUCAGGCCAUCGAGGAGGUGAACAUGUUCAAGGAGGACGGAAAUGUUAUCCACUUUGCUGCACCAAAAGGUUAGUGUAGCAAGCAUAACCCCGGUUUCCAGAACGCACGAACCGGGCAUCAUCCAGAGCCUGAAGUGGUUGCUUAAUCUUAUUUGGUGUCUAGUGCACGCCUCGGUUCCUGCCAACACCUUCGCCAUCUAUGGCAAUGGCGAAGACAAGGAGCUCACUGAGCUUGUUCCCGGUAUCCUUAACCAGCUCGGUCCCGAUUCCCUUGCAUCUUUGAGGAAAUUGGCCGAGAGCUACCAGUCACUCCAGAAGAAGGAGGGCGAGGAGGGCGAAAAGAAGGAGGGUGAUUCCGACGACGAUGACGAUGACAUCCCUGAUCUCGUUGAAGGGAAGAGCUUUGAUGAGGAUGAAAAGGAGGAAGAGAAAGAGGAGAAGGAGGAGAAGGGAGAGAAGGAGGAGAAGGAGGAGAAGGAGGAGGAGAAGGAGGAGAAGGAGGGGGAGGGGGAGGGGGAGGCUGAAGAUGCUAAACCUGAGACGGAGUAG